AUGGAAAUCGUGGGGGUGGGAAUGAUGCGGAGGCAAGCCUAUGCAAUUGGGGAGGGUGGUGUUUUAAUGGGCAAAGGAGUGUGUAGCCAAUGUGAUUCUGACUUCCGCGGGCGCUCGAACAUUCUGGCUGGAAAAGCCACCGUUGCCUACGACUACCUGCCCAGCCAACAGGACAUCCUCCUGGCCAGAAAGCCCACUAAGGGCAUCCACGAGUACGACUUUGAGAUCAAGAAUGUGCCCUUCAAGAUGGUGGACGUGGGUGGUCAGCGCUCCGAGAGGCGGCGCUGGUUUGAGUGCUUCGACUCGGUCACUUCCAUCCUCUUUCUUGUCUCCUCCUCCGAAUACGACCAGGUGCUGAUGGAGGACCGGCAGACCAACCGGCUGAGCGAGUCCCUUAACAUCUUCGAGACAAUCGUCAACAACCGGGUUUUCAGUAAUGUCUCCAUCAUCCUGUUCCUGAACAAGACAGACCUGCUGGAGGAAAAGGUGAAGCAGGUGUCCAUCAAAGACUAUUUCCCAGAGUUCUCAGGCGACCCCACCAGCCUGGCAGACGUCCAGCGCUUCCUGGUGGAGUGCUUCCGCAAGAAGCGCCGCGAGCAGCAGCAGAAGCCACUGUACCACCACUUCACCACGGCCAUCAACACUGAGAACAUCCGGCUGGUGUUCCGCGACGUCAAGGACACCAUCCUGCACGAUAACCUCAAGCAGCUGAUGCUGCAGUGAGGGGACUGACCGGGAGGAGGAGGAGGAGGGAUGGGUGGAGGCAGACGCAAAGUGGGUGCCAUGGUGCCUUUUUCCUUACCCCUCACCGCCACCCCCAGCCCGUAAGGGGAGCGGGCAGUGUCCCUCCACCCAUGCAUCCUCCUUCCUUGACUUGGACCCACUCCUCACCUUUGAACUUUGACUGUGUAUUAAAGCCACUACUACUACCGCCAUUCCCCCCACGCUUGCUCUCUGCCUUACUGAGCUUGUUCACUGUGACUUAUAACAGCCGCCUUUGGCUUAGAGCCCCAAACCACUGUAAAUGACCUCUAACCCCCACUCUCUGCCCCCCUCACACUCACCAGUCCACAUUGUGCAGUGGACCAUCUUUCAUGUGUUGUUCUAACUAACAUCCAAACACUGUUCUUUUCUUCUAUGCUGCUCUGACCACUGUUGCUAGGGAGGAAGAGGGGGAGGGGCUUGUUUUAAAUCACUGUUACUGUGUAGCCAUUGAAGCUGCCGACAGACGACGCCGACCGACGACGACGACAUCGGAGCCUGUCGCCAGGUGUCUGCUUCCUCUUCAGAACUUCUUUUGUUUUUUUUCUCUCUGGUUUUACAUCUGUUCUCCUCUGGCACUUGACGACAUCACUGGGCUGGGGAUUUCCUCUUUGGGCAGUGGAACAGGAAAGAACAGGGCUAGUACAGACACACACACACAGAUAGGAAUUCCUGUUCUGUGGUCCACUUAAUUCUGGUUUUCUAAUCAUUUUGUUUCUUUUUCUAAUAUAUGAAUAUACUGUAUGUACCUAUGCAUUUUUCUUUAACUUAAAUUUUAUAGGGGUUUA